AUGUUCAUGCCCAAAGAACAUCGCGUGACCAUCUACAUACAUCUGUUCGUGGAAGGCGUGCUAGUGAUCAAGAAAAACCAUAAGCGAGAUGAAACUCAUCUGGAGCUAGCGACCAUUCCAAACGUGCAUAUCAUCAAGACGAUGCAGUCGCUGCAAUCGAAACGCUACGUGAAGGAGAAAUUCGUCUGGAAUCACUACUACUGGUUUCUUACCGAAGAGGGGAUCACAUUCCUUCGUGAUGUCCUACAUCUUCCUCCGAAUGCUCUUCCAAAAACUCUGAUGAAAAGUCCGACAGUAUGCGGGUUGCUGCAGCGAUCUAAUUGUGGCCUGAAGUAUUCGAAUGUUGGGGACAUCGAUAAGCUUGAAUAUCGUGGAGGAUUUGGGAAAUUCAACUCGUCCGGUCUUCGUUCACUGCAGAAACCCAAGGAAAUGCCAGCUAUAAAAGAUAACGAUAAGCUGGAAUAUCGUCGUGGAUAUGGAUAUUCCAACAACCGGAAGUGA